AUGAAUUCGUCAUCACGGCGUCACGACGCUCAAAAUGGGAGCGGUGUAAGUUCAGAGACAGACAUUGACCGGAACGACGUCUACAAUAUCGAAGGCAGUCCCAAUCAGAACCAAGCCCCCAACUUGGGCCCACGAAGUGUAUGGUCCAUCCUCGGACAAUGGUGGCAAGAGUUUUUCGCCUUUCUGGUGGCAUGCGGGUUGUUGGCGGCCAUAUUUGGUGUUCUUGAAAAGAACAGGGACCAAAGAAGCAACUACUGGACCGUCUCGGGACUCAGUCUGAACUCUUUCGUCGCCCUACUUUCAGCGAUCCUGAGAGCCUUGGUUCUCCUCGUUGUGGAAGAAGUCAUCAGUCAACAUAAAUGGUUGUGGCAGCUUCGCCGCCGACCGGUAGGCCAACUCAACUCGAUCGACGAGGCAAGCAAGUCGCUUCUGGGCUCCUUUUUGCUUCCGUUUCGCCUGCGUACAUGGUUUUCCAACAUGUACAUCGGAUGUCUCAUCAUGAUCUUAUCCUUGGCCAUCGGGCCAUUCAGUCAGCAGGCAGUGGGAACCAAGACCUGCGAAAUUUGGCAGAAUGGUGUCAAAGCUCAGGUGCCUUAUACCACUCGAGGACCCGAGUUCUUUCGAUUCGCAGCAGGACAGUACGAUAUCGAACCCGGUUAUGCCGGUAGAAUGGCCAGUGCUUGCAUGGAUCCAUCCACUCAGAACUCGACAUUCCUCGUCGAAGGCUGCUCCACAGGAAACUGCACAUUCAUACCGACCCAGCAAGAUGACUACUCUUUAUCGACACUCGGAGUGUGUUCUAAGUGCAUGGAUACCACCAAGUACCUUCAGAAGAAAGAAGACGACAUCAGCACUUACGAUAUUGUUACGAUCCCCAACCUUAUCAAUAUGACGGGAAACUACCAGAUCACUGGCUUGGAAUCACGCAUCAGCUCUCUCAGCUAUGCCCAGUCUGACUUCGAUGACAUGCAACGAGCCCUCUUCCCAGCAUCCAUUCUCAACUACACAGUUGUUGGUACGACCUCUGCCGGCUGUUCAUACGCCAACGAAUCAAGUAUCAUCACCGGAUGUACUCCUCCAGCCGCGCUAGAUUUCACAUGGAAGGCUGGGGGCAGGGAUCCGCCAAUGAACGUCUUCUCUUCGGGUUGCACGUUCUACAUGUGCAUGAGACACCAUAGCAUCUCGGUCGACCGUGGCGUCUUCAAGGAACAACUGGUCUCUUCUUCUCCGGGUUUCCACAUGGAGCCUGAGGGGUCUCUCGAUCACGUCUACUUCUGGAAAGACAAGUGCAAGGUCGGCGACGAGACGAUUGACCUGACGAAAGCGAGGACUGUGGAUUACAAAGACGGUAUCAUCGACGUGCGGUUAAAUGACGAAGACACCGUGGGUCGCACAUUCCCCAACACGACGGACUGUCUUGAGUCCGUCUCGUGGCCAAGCUGGAGAGCCCUCCAAAAGUCGAUGCAGUUGCUGAACGGAACAUGCCGCUAUCCUUCUCAAGCCGCCCUUGGCAGCGUCAAAGGCCGAAGGGAGCAGAUCCAGUGCGACGACUACUACCUUUCCGGCCUGCUCGGGGAUGGAUUGGGCUCUUCUUCGGCAGUCUCGAACACUUUCCAAGCCGUUGCCAACGCAGUCACGAACCGCAUGCGCCAGAUGGCUGUGCUGUCCAACUUCACCGGCGACGCAGGCAGCCCUACCUAUGAAAAAUCACAGGAAUCCCAGACCCAAGGUGGGUUCGUCCAGGGUGGGUAUGUCUACGGCAACGUUCUCGAGUACGGCGUCUGCACCGAGUUCCACGGCGAGUGGCUCAUCUUCCCGCUGUUGCUCCUCGUGGCCACCGCCUUGUUCCUGCUGCACACGGUCAUCCGCUCGGUGCUCCGUCGCCACCAGGAGCCGCUAUGGAAGAGUUCGCUGCUGCCGGCGCUUUAUGCCAGCCCCGAGUCGCAGUUACAGGCGGGCUACCACUCUCUGCAGCAGCUCGAGGAGAAGGCCGACCAGGAUUCUGUGCAGCUGGUCAAGACUGGAGAUUACAAAUGGGAGUUGAUUAAGGAUACUGAGCAAAGUGAGCAGGAAUUGACAUCAAUGGCUGCGCCGGUAGAUAUGGGACAGGAGUAUCCAUCAUACAAACGGUAG